AUGGACGACUGCCUCAAUAAAAUAUCUGAAGGUGGCAACAACGAAUGCGAAGCGAUCAUUGCUAGUCUUGAAGCACGCUGGGCCAAGGCGGAUCAAGAACUAUUCAUUUCUUCAGUGAUUCUGAACCCAUUUUAUCAUACUACUCCCUUCGCAAAGAUUCCUGCUCUCAACAAUGCCAGUGUCCAUAUGCUUAUUGAGCAUAUGUGGGAGUGCCUCUUCUCUUCUCGAGCACCACCCAAGCUCAAAAGUCAGGCUGAGGACUAUUUAUUUAACAGAGGGCUCUUUGCACAUCUCGACACUCGAGUUGAGAGAAAGUGUGCUGUUGCUCAGGAAAAUGGACAGCUGCCUGAUCCGAUCACUUUAUACAGUACUGGCACGCUUCAGGCUCUUGCAGAGCUGAAGAUGAUGAUCAGAGAUGAGCACACGCGCUCUGCUGAAAGUCGGAAGCACAUGAUUCAGUUGAUGCAAGAUCGGACACGCAAAAAUAUCAUUCCUGCUGCUGAAACCCUUCCUAUUCCUUUGAGCACGUCCGAAGAUCUUCAGGACCUCAUGCUCGGUGCUCAGAACGACCUUAAUGCCUGCUUUUAUGGCCCAGAACUGACCAAAGACCCUAGUGCCACUGACUCUUCUGUAGAUCAAUUCCAUACCCUUAUUCAGCAGCAUAUACACCUCUCAGAUGAAGAUGAACUCGACGAUGAGCCCAUUCGUAAUGUAUCCAUCAUUGGGAUGCAGAUUCCGCUUCGAAACCUCUUCAACUUCGCCAACAAGAGCUGGUCCAAUCUUUACAAGCAGUCAGCCCGCCAGAACUUCGAAGAAGAGAUGUCCAUGUAUGAAUUAUUAGAAUUAGACUCAAUUCCUAAGCAAGACGAGUCGGGAUCGGACGGUAACAUUGAGAUCUCACUAGAUGAUACUACUCAGGAGGUUCUAUUACAUACUACAUAG